GGACCGAGAGUGGUUUAUCUAGAUGUUGAUGUUGUUUUGGAUGUAGGCCUAUUAUGUAGUGUUGUGAAAUGUGAACAAUGUGAUAAAUCUUAACGUACCUCAUUUUGUUCUUUUAGUGUUGACUGUCUUGACAUUUUUGAAUAUUCACCGUAUUAUUUUUUUCCAGUAGUAGGCCUAUUCUAGAUUAGCGUGAAUCAGUUUAUUACCAAAAUGAGUUUCGAUACCGAUUGGGACAUCGAUAAAUAUAGAUCUAGUUUUGAAGCUGAUGAUCACUGGAAGUUGAAGAAGUCAUUUAUAUUAGCAAAUAAAGGCAAAUAUCCUGUAGAAAGAUUAGUAUGUCUUGCACAGGUCUUCUACAAUGUCGAAUUCCUUGGAUGCAGGUAUACAGAAAAUUUGAUGAAACUGGUGGAGGAACUUUCCAAAGAUGUUGAAGUGGAUUAUCGUGAACAGAAGAAAAAGCGUUUACAGAGAACAUUUGUUGCAGCUUCUGAUGCUGCUGAAGCAAAAGCUAAAGGGACGAAACAUAGAACUGAAGAAACUAGUAAACGUGAUGGAAAGCAACUAAAUGUUGUUUCGAAAGCUUUGAGGAAUGGAUUUACCAGGAAAGAAGAGGAUGAAUUGUCGCCUGAGGCUCUACAGACACUCCACAAAAUGAAGAGCAUUUCUGGGCCAUGUGGCUCAAUAUAUAUUAUAGUCUCCUCUGAUACAAGCCAGUAUCUUAACAAUUUACAAAGAACAUCAUCUACUUGGAAAAUGCAGUUUUUCCAUGAGCUUAAACAGGAGCCAAAAGAUAAUUGUCUUAUUUGGAGGUGUGUAACAACGUUUGGCAAUAUUUCUGCUAUCACUGAAGGGCAAGUGAAAAAUAAAACAAAAUCGGCAUCGUGCGAGUAUAUGAUGUGGAAGCUGCAACGACAAUAUUACACUUUGAAAGUGGCGACAACGCUCACCAGAGAGGAGCUGAGCGCUCGCGACGCAGAUGUGCAGAAGAGUGACGUACUGGCCGGUGCAGCCAAAGCUGAGCCCGAGGUCAUGGCGGACAACGUCGGCCUCAAAAUGAUGAAGAUGAUGGGCUGGACUGGAGGCGGUCUCGGCAAGAACGAGCAAGGCAUCGAGAAGCCUGUGGAGGCGGCCGGCGUCAUCAGCCGCGCUGGUCUUGGCUUCGGAGGCAAGUUCGAUUUCAAGAAGAUCAACCAAGUGCUGCAGCAGUUCAAGCGCGAGACCGACGGCCCCUCGGAGCUAGUCUUUGCCAAGGACUUCUCCAACGAGGAGCGCAGCCAAAUUCACCAGGCUGCUAAAAAGUACGGUCUGAAAUCGAAGAGUGUCGGCUCCAAGUGUAAUCGCCAGCUGUUUGUGACCAAAGACAUCUACUACAAUAAAAUGGAUCCCUGGAAGUUCAUGGAGUUAUAUCUAAGUCUAAAAGAUAAGUACUAUCAGAAGUUUGAGUUAUUUCCACCAAUAUUGUCUGAUCUUGUGCUGACUGAAGGUGUCACAUAUAUGGGAUUAGACUCAUAAUAACUGGUGAAAGCAUUUGAAAAUAAUUGAGUAUUAAAUGUAUUAAAAUGUAAAAAAUAAUAGAUUGGUUACAGCAUAGGUUCGCCGCGGCGCCAGAAUAUGCUGCCAGGCUACCUCCAGGUGCGCUGCUGUUAUACCAAAGACUAGACUACCAUAACUACUCCCCCAAAUGUGAAUUUUCGCAAAUUUUCUGUAUAAAAUUCAAGUAUAGAGUAAGCCUUACAAAAGGCUUAUUCUGAAUUUUAUAUAAAAUUACGUUUAAUUACUUUUAAUUUUUUACUUUACUUUAA